UCGAACAUCACCCUUGGAGCCUUUUUCUCGUGGCUCUCGACACCAUCCAGAUGUUCAACGUCAAGUCUCUUGCGGUCCUUGUGGCACUUGGCGUCCUGUCAGUCACGGCCUCCCAGUUGAAUGGGGGUCAAGAACGGAUCAGUGUUUAUGCCUGCAAGGACCCCUGGUGGGGUGGUCAAUGCCGGACCUUUUAUGGCGGCCGCAACGAGUGCGUAAACUUCUCUGGCAGCUGGAACGAUGUCAUCAGUUCGAUACGCCACUCUGGAAAAGGAUGGCAUUGCCAGUGGUGGGAACACGCCAACUGCCAGGGUCUGGUGUACCAGAACCAAGACGACGCCAACCUUAGCGAUGGGAAUGGAAGGUUCGAUAACCGUAUCAGCUCGUUCCGUUGCGGGUAAUCGAGGCGGGUGUAUGGUCGAACUUGAUGAGCGACAACUCAAGAGAUGUUGGGGUAAUUGAGGGCAUAAUGUAUAAGAUAACUGAAUAC